AUGGAGAUCGAGAUUCCUUCCCCCAGCGUCUUCCUCAAGAAAUCGCCUAUCAUCAGACCCGUUCCCGACCCCCCACCUGGGCCGGUGAAGAAACAACCCAGCAAGCCUCGACCCAAUACGGCGCCAAAAGGCUCGACAAAACCCGGCGCGGCCUCCAGUACAACUCAAGAUGGUGCCAUCACCAAGCCCAAGCAGAGCAAAAGUCGCAAUGGGUGCAUGACCUGUAAAAAGAAGCGGCUCAAAUGUGAUGAGACCAAACCGACCUGCCAGCAAUGCGCCAAGCGCAAUGUCGAAUGUGAAGGCUACAAAAAAGACUACAAGUGGCGAUCCUUUGAGGAGACCAACUUCAACCCCAAGCCUGCCGCCAAAGCUACCAAGAAGCAUUCACGUUCUUUGUCCUUCAACCCAGACGAAGUCGCCCUGCCUCGUCCCAUCUCGCAGGCCAAAUCAGACGAUGCACACGCAGCAUCAAGUUGGUCUCCAUCAGGCUUGUCAACUGCAUUCGCCGAUGCCAAACAUGCCUUCCAGCCUCCUACAUCCCACGAUGAUAUGGAUCAAACAUCCGGGCCACUGGAUCCGGCGUUACAUGAUCUGCCGUCCUUCGACUACAACGACUUCCCAGGUGAUGGUCUAGAUCCUUAUUCGCUGCCUGGACCCAGACACCCAUCGUCCCUGGCCGACGAUGGCAGCGCCAACUCAGCCGGCUCAGGAGAGUCGAUUCCUCCGCAUCUCCUAGACAUGCCACCGCUUGGCACCGACAUGGAUCAAUCCCAUGACCACAGACAAUUCGACAACUUUCUGAUGGAUGAAGAAUUCAACGACGAAUUCCUUCAGCGGCAUAUCUCUCCAAUGACCGUCAACCCCAUCGAUACGACUGCAUUGCCACCACGUCGAAAUUCGCGGGCUGCAUCUAAUGCUUCCAGCCACUCUUCCAAGACAUCUACCAUGACGGUCAUGGCCAAGCCCGAGUUCGAUCCUGCCUCCCCUGAGAUGUUGAUGCUCCGCUUCGACAAGAGCACCUGUGGCAUUCUUUCCAUCAAGGAUGGCCCCAACGAGAACCCCUGGCGCAACCUGGUGUGGCCCCUGGCUCGAGACUCACCAGCACUCUACCACGCCAUUGCCUCCAUGACAGCCUUCCACGGCAGGCAAGACUACCCCAACCUACGUGUCCCCGGCAUCUACCACAUGCGCAAGAGUCUUGCAAAGCUCUCCGAAAACAUGGAUGUCAUGCGUCCAGACGCCAAAUUAGCAACAUCCCUAGUCCUCGCGUUCGGUGAGGGGUGGGACGAAACUCUAAGCACCGGCGUCCAGCAUCUCCGCGGCGCCAAGGCCAUGGUGAUCCACGCCGUGAACGACUUCCAACAACGCCUCCAGGCAGGCCAACUCUCUACCCGCGAGGCCAUCAAAUGGCGCUUCCUCUGCAACACCUUCGUCUACAUGGACGUCAUCUCGCGGCUGACCAACCUGGAAGAAACGCCCGACGGUCUCAUCGACGACAUCGUCAACACGGUCAACCAACCGAUCGGCGACCUCCUCGACGUCGACCCCCUGAUGGGCUGCGCCGUCUCCCUCUUCCCCAUCAUCGGCCGCGUCAACCACCUGAUCCAGGGCGUGCGCCGCUCCGACCGCAUCCCGCUCAACACCGUCACCCAGGCCGAAGAACUCCGCAACCAACUCGAGCAAUGGCAGCCCGCGAACCCGGCCGAAUUCGAGCGCCCUGACGACGUCACCUCGGAAGUCAUGCACGCCAUCCAAACCGCCGAGGCCUACCGCUACGCCACUCUAUUGUACCUGCACCAAGCCGUCCCCGAAAUCCCCAGCUUCACAUGCGAGGCCCUCGCGCGCAAAGUCAUGCUCUACCUCGCCUCCGUCCCCGUCUCCAGCCGCACCAUCAUCAUCCAGAUCUUCCCGCUGCUGGCCGCGGGGUGCGAACUCACCGAACCCGACGACCAGGAGUGGGUCUCCCAGCGCUGGGCCUCGAUGAUGCUGCGUCUCAAGAUCGGCAAUGUCGACAGCUGCUGGGACAUCACGCGCGAGAUCUGGGCUAGGCGCGCGCAGUACGAGGCCGACAAGAAGGAGAGGAUGAUGCGUCGAUUCAAUGCGAGAGCGGGCCAUAUGGCGCAACAGCAGCAGCAACAGCAACAGCAGUCGCCGCAGCAACAGCAAGGAGGCGUCGGCGGAGGCAACAAUAGCCGCAAUCGCAACCGCGGCGGCGGCGGCGCCGACGACUUCGUGCCCGCCAUGAUGGGUGGUGGCGCUGGGCCGCAGCAGCAGAGGGCACGUACGGGCGAUUUUAGCGGUGGCGACGACUCCAAUGCCAGCAACUACUUUGACAUGGACAACAAUGGCGGCGGCGGCAGCAACAGCACUGGUCACAGUCCCGGGAAUCGAUCGGGUCAUAAUUCGCCCCUCAAGCCUUCACGACGCACUACGUUUGAUACCAUGUCGACCAUGGCCCCUCCGAGCAUGGGCAUAGGCAUGGGUAUGGGCAUGGCCAUGGGCAAUGUCAGCACGGGGCGCACGGGUCGGCGGCCACCGGCGGAACGGGUGGUGGACCUGUUGGAGGAUGAGUAUAUGGUCAGAGGGCGGUUGCACUGGCUGGGCUUGAUGGCAGAACGGGACUGGGAAAGUAAGUCUUCUCUCUCUCUUCAUCUUUGUUCACUUUUGCAUGUUUGA